UGUAAUAUAUAAAGUCGAAUUCCAUUAAUUCGGACAUUAAGUCUACCGGGGAUCUGAAAUUUCCUGGGAAUUCUCCUUUAGAUGUCAAGCUACAGCGCAUGCGCUCUUAUAUUGACAUGAAUAUGCGUCCAUAUGUACACAGAACAUGCAAAUGUAAAGCUUCGGGUGGGAGAACGUAACGUAGUGGGGGGUCACGAUAAAGGGGAAGUUCCGACGUAAUGGAAUCCGACGUUAUUUAUUUGUCUAGACAAUUUAAUUAUAGAUUUGGCUGUACGUUUUUUAAAUAAAUAUUUAUGUUUGUUGAUAACACUCAUACUGCUGUACUAAUUACUGAUAAUUAAAAUUUAUUUUUAAUUAGGGCUAUAAUUGGAUUUUAAUUUUUAUAAAUUUUUUAAAAUAACAAUAAGUCAAUUUUAUUUUUUUCAGACCCAAGUAAAAAUUGGACAUGUUUGCAAUGUGGGAAAAGUUACCAUUGGCGAGGAUCAUUAAUGACUCACAUUAGAGUAGAAUGUGGUAAAGAACCGACUUUCGAAUGUGUAAUUUGCGGAAGAAAAUUCAAAUACAAACAUCGAUGGCAGUAUCACAUAAUGUCUGUGCACCGCAUGAAAGUUUGACGCGGAGGGUAUCUGAGAGGAAGUUCAAGACUUCUAGUCCUCGUCUUCUUAAGCCGGUGAUAUUUAAAUGCUCGAAAUGUGAGAAAAGUUAUCAGAGACAAACUUCGCUGAGGAGACAUUUGAAACUUGAAUGCGGAGUGGAACCCAAGCAAGUUUGUUUUUACUGCGGGAAGAAAUUUAUCCAUAAGUUCAAUCUUUCUCAACAUUUUAAAUCGUAUUUCUUCUGGAACACGAUGGACAGCUACGAGGGAACAUCCGGCGAAGAUAAAUCGUCUGAAAGCUGUAAUUUUUACAACCCAAGUUAUAAGUUUAUCUGCCCGAGGUGUGGGAAAACUUAUAAAAGCGCGGGAUCGUUGUCGCGGCACAGACACUAUGAGUGCGGAAUAGAACCCAAGGAAAAGUGUAAUCUCUGUGGGAAGAAAUUCCCACAUAAAUUUAAAUUAACGCGGCAUUUGGUGUCGUGUAAAGCGAAGCAGAAGUUUGAUUGGAAAUAGAAAAUUAAUAUUUAUGUUUUGUAAUUUUAUUAAUUAAAUGAAUUAAGUGUACGAAAAUAAUCGUUUAAUAAAUUACUUAAGUGAC